CCGUACGACGUUUUUCCGCUUCCUCUCGCACUCCCUUCCUCGUACCGGCAGGCAGCAGGAAGAAAGACGCGUCUUCAAAACGAAAGCGGUUUUGUUUUUUUUAAAUACCCUCAAGGCAAUCAUUUUAUCUGGACUUCCUCUUUUUGGUCACGUGGGGGAAAAGGGGGCGGAGUUUGAAUCAAGCGCACCCUGUUAUUUUUGCGGUCUACGUGUGUGUAGAUGUGCGACAGCAGUGUGUGUGAGGACAAGCCCCCGGCCCCCCCUGUCAGAAUGAGCAGCCAAGGAGGAGGAGCCAAGGACCCCCAGUCCACCAAUCACAACUCUCGACCUCUGCCGUCUGUCCCGGAAGAAAAGAAGCCCAGAAACAAAAUCAUCUCCAUGUUCGCCUCGGAGAAAGGAGGCAGGAAGAAGGACCGGGACAAGGACAGACCAGAGAUCUCCUCCCCGUCAGACUUUGAGCACACCAUCCAUGUGGGCUUUGACGCCGUCACCGGGGAGUUCACUGGCAUGCCGGAGCAGUGGGCCCGCCUCCUUCAGACCUCCAACAUCACUAAAUCGGAGCAGAAGCAGAACCCGCAGGCGGUUCUUGACAUCCUCAAGUUCUACGACUCCACCAGCGGGAAGCAGAAGUACCUCAGUUUCUCCGCCUCAGAUAAAGAUUCCCAGUCGCUGGACAAGCAGAGCGCCAACAACUCGUCGCCGGGGAGGAAAGACGGCGACGACGAUGACGACGACGCGCCGCCGCCAAUUGUGGCGCCCAGGCCGGAACACACCAAAUCUGUUUACACGAGGUCGGUCAUCGAGCCGCUGCCGCCUCCGGAGGGCGACGCAGCCUCCAGGCAGAAGAAGAAGGGAGGCAAGAUGACGGAUGAGGAGAUCAUGGAGAAACUCAGAACUAUCGUCAGCAUCGGAGAUCCCAAGAAGAAGUACACGCGAUACGAGAAGAUCGGGCAAGGGGCGUCUGGAACUGUUUACACAGCCACAGAUGUUGCAACAGGUCAAGAGGUGGCCAUCAAGCAGAUCAACUUGCAGAAGCAGCCAAAGAAAGAACUGAUCAUCAACGAGAUCCUGGUCAUGAAGGAAAUGAAGAAUCCCAACAUUGUCAACUUUGUGGACAGUUUCCUGGUGGGGGAGGAGCUCUUCGUGGUGAUGGAUUACUUGGCGGGUGGCUCCCUGACUGACGUGGUGACAGAGACCUGCAUGGACGAGGCGCAAAUCGCAGCCGUGUGCAGAGAGGUCCUCCAAGCGCUGGAGUUUCUUCACGCCAAUCAAGUCAUCCAUCGAGACAUCAAGAGUGACAAUGUUCUGCUGGGAAUGGAUGGAUCAGUCAAACUCACCGACUUUGGCUUCUGUGCUCAGAUCACACCGGAGCAGAGCAAGCGCAGCACCAUGGUGGGAACUCCCUACUGGAUGGCUCCGGAGGUGGUGACCCGGAAGGCCUACGGACCCAAGGUGGACAUCUGGUCCCUGGGCAUCAUGGCCAUAGAAAUGGUGGAGGGGGAGCCCCCCUAUCUCAACGAGAACCCUCUCAGGGCCUUGUACCUCAUUGCCACCAACGGGACUCCUGAGCUGCAGAGUCCAGAGAAGUUGUCUCCAGUCUUCAAGUCCUUCCUGUCCCGAUGUCUGGAGAUGGACGUGGAGAAACGAGGCUCAGGCAGAGAAUUGCUACAGCAUCCUUUCCUCAAGCUGGCCAAGCCUCUGUCCAGCCUGACUCCUCUCAUCCUGGCUGCCAAGGAGGCCAUGAGGAGCAACCGCUAAGUUAGCGUCUGAGAGGAGCAACCGCUAAGUUAGCGUCUGAGAGGAGCAACCGCUAAGUUAGCGUCUGAGAGGAGCAACCGCUAAGUUAGCGUCUGAGAGGAGCAACCGCUAAGUUAGCGUCUGAGAGGAGGGUACGCCACACAGUCAUAACACCAGCGGGUUUUUUUUUUUAUACUUCUGCCAACAUUCUUUUAGGGCUCGUUCACAUCCACACUGACACAAGUCAUUACGUGUGGGGAGCAUUUGACAGAGUUACAUCAUCUGCCACCCUCUUCCUGUCAUGUACAUGUGUAGUACAUAUUACUCAUGUACAUGACUUAUAUGUCAUCAAUAUGUGCAGUACAUAUAAGCAUGUACAUGACUUAUAUGUCAUCAAU